CUUUCCCCCCCCCUUCCUAACCGCCCAAGACCCCUUCGCCACCCCGUGGGCCUGGGACACUGCUGGGCUCCAGGGACCGCAGCCUGAAAUCUUGCACCGUCAAACCAGGCAUCGAACAGAUAUCGUCCCAGACAGUCCCAUACCCUAAAAGGAUGGCUCCGCCUUCACCAAAGAAUAAAACACGCUCACGCAGUGCUAUAGUUGUAAAUGAAACAGCCGCAUCUACGCGUCCAAGGCGCGUUGCUAAGAACAUCAUAAAGGAGGUUGGGGAGUCUGUUGCCCAGCGCUCUGCAACAAGAUCUGCAAAUGAGGCCAAGACGACUGACACCCGCAAGGCUACAGGCAACAAAGGCAAGGUGGACCGACUGCCUAAGAGAAAGGCUGGGAAAGAGGCUUCAGAACAAACCACAUCCGAUAACAAUGCUCGCAAGCGUACGAAGACAGCCAACACGGAGCCCAAUGGAAAGCAUGAAGAUGAAGCCAACCCCAAGGUCAACCACGAAGAGGCUCGAGAGGUCGAUGUAGAUGACAAAGGCGCCGGCAAGUCCUAUUGGCUUAUGAAGGCCGAGCCUGAGUCGCGAUUUGAAAAAGGUGUCGAUGUUAAGUUUUCAAUUGAUGAUCUACGCGAAGCAAAAGAGCCCGAGGCUUGGGAUGGUGUUCGCAAUGCAGCAGCACGAAACCAUAUGCGCGCCAUGAAAAAAGGCGAUCUGGCCUUUUUCUACCACUCAAAUUGCAAAGUACCAGGCAUUGCUGGCACAAUGGAAAUUGUUAGAGAGCAUUCUGUGGAUGAAUCUGCUUUUGACCCAGCUCAUCCUUAUUACGACGCAAAGUCUAGCCGGGAUAACCCAAAAUGGGAAGUCGUGCAUGUCGAGUUUAGGAGCAAGUUCCAAAACCUCGUCACGCUGGCCGAGCUAAAGUCCUUAGCAAAGCCCGGUGAUGCGCUAGAGAAUCUCCAGAUGUUGAAGCAAUCCCGCCUAAGCGUAUCUCCGGUGAGGCCCGAGGAGUGGUGGUUCAUCAUGAGUUUGGCUGAAGAGCAGGAUAUUAAGAUAUGAAGACUAGUGUGAGGACAACGUCAAUGAAAACGAGGAAAAGGGAAAUGGCUGGAAGGUCCUGGAGCCGCUCAGCCAUCCUAAUCGGCGGGGACAUAUGUCCUUUUUCUUUGCACUCGUCUUGUGUACUCUAUCCGCAAGGGCGUUUGAAGGGCGUUAGCAGGGAUUUCCGUGCCUUUACAGCUUUAUUCCGGGUCAUUCUGCAAGCUUAGGACAGGUCAUUUCAUCAUGUCGC